GUAUUCAGGAAGGACGCUUGCGCCGGCGGCGUGGCGGGGGGUGCAUGGGUCCGUGUGGAGCCUACGCCAGUGGCGUAGCGUUGUCGCUGGCUGGCCGCUGCCCGCGGAGUGGUGAGGGGAGGCGAGAGGCGGCGUGAGGAGAAGCCGGGCCGGGGGCGCCGCCAUGGGGAGGCGGCCGCGGGGCAGCGGCAGCGGGGCCCGCUGCUGAGGGCCUGCGGAGCUGGGAGACCGAGGAGCCACGCCGGGAGGACCCUCUCCGCAGGAUGUUCUCUCCACCAAAGAGCUCUGUGUAACAGACAACGAUGACAAUCCCGGCGGGACCUUGGAAAGCACUAACAUUUCAGUAGCCCAGCACCCGUGGGUGGCCGCUUAUCCCUCCUUCUCCACACCCCGCCCUCUCACUGCUCACCGUGAUGGUGUAUUAACCAAGAAGAGCCCUGCUUCUUUUCUCCUCACCCCUCAACUUUCGGCAGCUCUGGGAUUUGUAUGGCAGCAGCGUAACCGUGGAGAGGCCGGGGUAUCACAAACUUAUGGAUUUUGAUAAGAGAGGAGGGAAAGGGGAGCUGGAGGAAGGUAAAAGGAUGUCCAAGACAGGUGGAGGAAGGAGCAGUCAUGGAAGCCGGAGUGCUGGAACCAACUCGGGAGUCUUAAUGGUGGGUCCCAACUUCCGGGUCGGCAAGAAGAUUGGAUGCGGCAAUUUCGGGGAGCUCCGUCUAGGAAAGAACCUCUACACCAACGAAUACGUAGCUAUCAAGUUGGAACCCAUAAAGUCCCGGGCCCCCCAGCUACACCUGGAGUAUCGGUUCUACAAACAGCUCGGCAAUGCAGAAGGAAUUCCUCAGGUUUACUACUUUGGCCCCUGCGGGAAGUACAACGCCAUGGUGUUGGAGCUGCUGGGACCCAGCCUAGAAGAUCUCUUUGAUCUGUGUGAUCGGACCUUCACGCUCAAGACCGUCCUGAUGAUUGCAAUCCAGCUGAUCACACGGAUGGAGUAUGUCCACACCAAAAGCCUGAUCUACAGAGACGUCAAGCCAGAGAACUUCCUGGUGGGGCGGCCGGGCAGCAAGCGGCAGCACACCAUCCACAUCAUUGAUUUUGGCCUGGCCAAAGAGUAUAUUGACCCCGAGACCAAAAAACACAUCCCCUACCGAGAGCACAAGAGCCUGACAGGGACAGCACGCUACAUGAGCAUCAACACCCACCUUGGGAAAGAACAAAGCCGCAGGGACGACCUGGAAGCAUUAGGGCACAUGUUUAUGUACUUCCUCCGCGGGAGCCUCCCUUGGCAAGGCCUCAAGGCUGACACACUAAAGGAGAGGUAUCAGAAGAUCGGCGACACCAAAAGGGCCACGCCAGUGGAGGUGCUCUGUGAGAACUUCCCAGAGGAGAUGGCCACGUACUUGCGCUACGUGCGGCGGCUGGAUUUCUUCGAGAAGCCUGACUAUGACUACCUGCGGAAGCUCUUCACAGACUUGUUCGAGAGGAAUGGUUACGUAUUUGACUAUGAAUACGACUGGGCAGGGAAACCGCUGCCCACCCCUAUCGGCACGAUGCACAGCGAGGUGCAGGUGCAGCCCCCGAACAGAGACAAAGCACAGCCACACACCAAACACCAGGUGAUGAGCUCCACCAACGGAGAGCUGAACACGGACGACCCGACGGCAGGACAUUCGAACGCCCCCAUCACAGCCCCCACCGAGGUGGAGGUGACAGACGAUACAAAGUGCUGCUGUUUCUUCAAGAGAAGGAAGAGGAAAACCACCAAGCGUCGCAAGUGAGCUGCCGGGGCCGGGUGGAGCGGCGUGCGCGAUGGCUCCUCUCCCUCUGGCCGUGGCUGGAUCUUGACCUGCGGAGCCGGCAGCGGCAGCCCCUCGGUUUGGAGGGGGGCGGGGGGGACCAAGCUGGACGGCCUCCCCCCAGUGCCCCAUGCGCAGGCAGGGAGCGGGGCCUCCCCAAACUGCUUGUCCUUUCCUCCGCCACUCGCCCAGCGUGUGGCCGUUUACUCGAACCAAGCCUGACUUCGCUGAAGUUCCUGCGUCCGUCAAAAAGAAGGAAAAAAAAAAAAAAAAGAAAUCGAAACAAAUCCACAGCGUCACUUGCUUUUGAGUCUAUAACUAGUUUGAAAAUGGGGAUCAACUCUACAGACUCUGAACCGUCGCUGUCAGAAGAAGCAGAAGACAAUUUCAAGAGCAGUGGGCUAAGGAGGAAUUUUUUUUUUUUUUUUUUUCUGUUGCUUCCUUGUCUCUUAAGUUAAUUUAAAGUGAGUCUCGGUGCA